AACACAGGGUCACAGAAGAGGUCGGGUGACUCACAAAAAGUGCAGCACAAGAAGGGAAUGUGUAGUGCUAGGUUAUUAACUCCAAAGCUUCGACUGUACUGUGGUUUGUUGUUCUCGCUCAUUUGAAUAUUGAUUAACCUUUGAAGUUCUUUAUAAAAGAGCAACAUGUUGAAGUGGCUUUCUCAAGAUGACAAGAGGAAGAAAGACCCAGAGGUGUUCGACUCUGUCGUGGAUGGUCUGAAACGCCUCUACAAGACUAAACUCUUGCCCCUGGAAGACUACUAUCGUUUUCACGAAUUUCACUCCCCAAUCCUCGAAGAUUCUGACUUUGGUGCAAAGCCGAUGGUUUUAUUGGUCGGGCAGUAUUCUACUGGAAAGACAACAUUCAUAAGAUAUCUACUUGAAAGAGAGUUCCCAGGAAUGAGAGUAGGCCCCGAACCCACGACAGACAGUUUCACUGCUGUCAUGUAUGGGGCACAUGAAAGGAUAAUACCUGGAAAUGCCCUUGUUGUUGACCAAAAAAAGCAGUUCAGGACUCUAGGAAACUUUGGAAAUGCCUUUUUGAACCGCUUUAGCUGCUCUGAGUUAGCGAGUUCUGUGCUAGAAACUUUGACCCUAGUUGACACGCCUGGUAUCCUAGCAGGAGAAAAACAGUCCAUUAGCCGUGGUUAUGACUUCACCGGGGUUUUGGAAUGGUUUGCAGAAAGGGUGGACCGAAUUAUCCUUCUCUUUGAUGCCCACAAACUGGACAUAUCAGACGAGUUUCAACGCAGUAUCCAGGCACUUCAUGGUUACGAUGAUAAAAUCCGGAUUGUUUUAAACAAAGCAGAUAUGAUUACUACCCAGCAGCUAAUGCGAGUCUAUGGAGCUCUGAUGUGGUCUCUAGGAAAAGUAAUAAAGACGCCAGAAGUUACCCGAGUGUACAUUGGUUCAUUCUGGGAUCAGCCUCUCUCAAUUGAUGACAAUAGAAAACUGUUUGAAGCAGAGGAAAAUGAUCUUUUCAAUGACUUACAAAGUCUACCUCGAAAUGUUGCCUUAAGAAAAUUGAAUGAUCUCAUUAAAAGGGCAAGACUUGCAAAGGUAUGA